GGCCUCACCUGCGUCGUGUGCGGGGACACGUCGAGUGGCAAGCACUACGGCAUCCUAGCCUGCAACGGCUGCAGCGGCUUCUUCAAACGCAGCGUCCGCAGAAAGCUCAUCUACAGGUGCCAGGCCGGCACGGGCCGCUGCCUCGUUGACAAGGCGCAUCGCAACCAGUGCCAGGCGUGCCGCCUCAAGAAAUGCCUCCAGAUGGGCAUGAACAAGGACGCGGUGCAGAACGAGCGCCAGCCCCGCAACACGGCCACCAUCCGGCCGGAGUCCCUGGCCGACUCCGAGCGCCUGCUGCGCGAGGGCUCGGCCGUGGGCGUCUUCCCGCACCUGCCGCCCUCUUCCGGACCCGCCAGGUACCUGCACACCGUCGACGCCAGGGCCGCCGCCCAGGGGCUGGACCUGCACAGGCCCAAGUUCGAGCGCGGCGACGACUCCGCCAAGGAAGGUGAGGACACCUUUCUGUCUGACCUGCUGAGCCUUGAGUCCGCGGGGGCCCGGCGGUCUCCGGCGGGCCUCUCGUCAGGUCCCCUACUCUGCCAGCAGACGCCCUUGCACCAGGGCGGCGUGCAGCAGUCGCCCGGACCGGGCUACGGGGAGUUCCCGCUGUACCCGGUGACCCAGGAAAGCGUGUACGAGACGUCGGCUAGGCUGCUCUUCAUGGCCGUCAAGUGGGCCAAGAACCUGCCCUCCUUCUCCAACCUGCCCUUCAGGGACCAGGUGAUCCUCCUGGAGGAGACCUGGUCGGAGCUGUUCCUCCUGUGCGCCAUCCAGUGGUGCCUUCCCCUGGAGGCCAGCCCGCUCUUUUCCCCGGCGGAGCACGCGGCCCUGGCAGCGCAUCCGGCCAACCCGGGCCCCAAGGCGCCGCUGGCCGACGUGCGACUGCUCCAGGAACUUCUGGCCCGCUUCAGGGCCAUCGGCGUCGACCCCGCAGAGUUCGCCUGCCUCAAGGCCAUCCUGCUCUUCAAGGCCGACUCCCGGGGCCUGAAGGAUGCGCACCAAGUGGAGGCCCUGCAGGACCAGGCACAGCUCAUGCUCCAGCAGCACGUGAAGACACAGCACCCGACGCACCCCGUCAGGUUCGGCCGCCUGCUGCUGAUGCUCCCGUCGCUGCGCUACGUGCCGGCAGAGCGCGUGGAGGCCCUGUACUUCCAGCGCACCAUCGGCAACACGCCCAUGGAAAAGCUGCUGUGCGACAUGUUCAAGUGCUGA